UGGUUUGUUGGUGGCAUAAAAAGAAAUGAGGCCCAAGACUUGUUACUUGAGAGGAACUCGACAGGUGCCUACACCCAGAGAGAUGGGGCCUUCCUUGUUAGACCCAGUGAAGCUGUCAAAGGAGAUUUUUCUGUUUCUGUCAAAUUUGCAGAUCAAGUUCAACAUUUUAAAAUCUUGAGAGAUACUGGUGGUUACUAUGUCUGGUCCACCAGGUUUGACUCCAUCAAUGAGCUGAUCAAAUUUCACAGAACAUCAUCCAUCAGUCGAACUCAAACAAUUUAUUUACAAGAUAUGAACAGGGUUUGUUGGGUUUUCACACUUUAUUCUUAA